GUUAUUGUGAGGGGGAGACAAUGAGCAAACUCUCCUUCCGAGCCCGGGCGCUAGACGCCGCCAAACCGCUGCCCAUCUACCGCGGCAAGGACAUGCCCGACCUCAACGACUGCGUCUCCAUCAACCGGGCUGUGCCGCAGAUGCCCACGGGGAUGGAGAAAGAGGAGGAAUCGGAACAUCAUUUGCAACGGGCUAUAUCAGCACAACAAGUUUUUAGAGAAAAAAAAGAGAGCAUGGUUAUCCCAGUCCCUGAAGCGGAGAGCAAUGUCAACUAUUACAAUCGUUUGUAUAAAGGAGAGUUUAAGCAACCAAAGCAGUUCAUUCAUAUUCAACCUUUUAAUCUGGAUAAUGAGCAGCCAGAUUAUGAUAUGGACUCGGAGGAUGAAACCUUACUGAACAGACUAAAUCGGAAGAUGGAAAUCAAGCCGCUGCAGUUUGAAAUAAUGGUUGACAGACUCGAAAAAGCCAGUUCUAGUCAGCUUGUAACACUUCAGGAAGCUAAAUUGCUGCUAAAUGAGGAUGACUACCUUAUUAAGGCUGUAUAUGACUACUGGGUAAGAAAGCGUAAGAAUUGCAGAGGGCCAUCUCUCAUCCCCCAAAUCAAACAAGAGAAGAGGGAUGGCUCCACCAACAAUGACCCUUAUGUUGCCUUCCGGAGGAGAACUGAGAAGAUGCAGACAAGAAAGAAUCGAAAGAAUGAUGAAGCAUCUUACGAGAAAAUGUUGAAAUUAAGAAGAGAGUUUAGUAGAGCCAUAACAAUUUUGGAGAUGAUUAAGAGAAGAGAGAAAACAAAACGCGAGCUAUUGCAUUUAACAUUAGAAGUUGUUGAGAAAAGGUACCAUUUGGGUGAUUAUGGAGGUGAGAUCCUCAAUGAAGUGAAGCUUAACAGACCUGAAAAAGAGAUGAGCACAACUCCAUCCUCUCUUCAUAAUGGAAAUCACCACAAAGUUCAAGAAUGUAAAGUUAAGCAUCCUCAUCAUUCAUCUCUAAAGGAGGAGGUGUCAGAUGUUGUACGUCAAAAGAAGAAGUAUCUAAAGAAACCUAAAAUAGAGUGUGUAGUAACUCCACAACAGCCUUCUGCUGAGCCCUUGCCUGUUAUCAACAAAAGUGACAUUAAACAGUACGACUUUCACAGUUCAGAUGAAGAUGAGUUCCCACAGGUACCCUCACCAGUAUCAGAAACGGAAGAAGAAAAUGAUCCUGAUGGACCUUGUGCUUUCAGGAGAAGAGCAGGAUGCCAGUAUUAUGCUCCUCGUUUGGACCAAACUAAUUCUUCAUAUGAAAACUCAGAAUUGGCAGAAUUGGACAAACUGAGGUUCAGGCAUUGCCUUACAACCCUUACAAUUCCAAGAAGAUGUAUAGGAUUUGCAAGGAGACGAAUUGGCAGGGGUGGAAGGGUUAUAAUGGACCGAAUAUCCACAGAACAUGAUCCUGUCUUGAGACAGAUUGACCCGGAAAUGCUGAACAGUUCUUCAAGCUCUUCCCAGACAUUAGACUUUUCUUCUAACUUUUCACGGACCAAUGCUUCCAAUAAACAUUGUGAAAACAGACUGUCCCUUUCUGAAAUACUAAGCAAUAUCAGAUCAUGUCGACUGCAGUGUUUUCAGCCAAGGCUACUAAAUCUACAGGACAGUGAUAACGAAGAAUGUACCUCAAGGAAAACAGGGCAGACUGUGAAUAAUAAAAGAGUCUCUGCAGCAUCUGUAGCUUUAUUGAACACCAGCAAGAAUGGCAUAUCAGUAACAGGGGGUAUCACAGAGGAACAAUUUCAGACACAUCAACAGCAAUUAGUUCAAAUGCAGAGGCAACAACUUGCUCAGCUUCAGCAGAAACAGCAAUCUCAGCAUUCCUCACAACAGACACAUCCAAAAGCACAGAGCUCCAGCACCUCUGACUGUAUGUCAAAAACACUUGAUUCAGCCAGUGCCCACUUUGCUGCAUCUGCAGUGGUUAGUGCACCUGCUCCUAGUCGCAGUGAGGUAACGAAGGAACAAAACACCAGCCACAACAAUAUUAAUGGUGUUGUCCAGCCUUCAGGAACUUCUAGAACGUUGUACUCCACCAACAUGGCUUUAUCAUCCAGCCCAGGGAUUUCAGCUGUACAGCUUGUAAGGACAGUUGGCCACACCACCACAAACCACUUAAUUCCAGCAUUGUGCACAAGCAGCCCUCAAACGCUUCCCAUGAACAAUUCUUGCCUGACAAACACAGUGCACCUCAACAAUGUCAGUGUUGUUUCUCCAGUCAAUGUGCAUAUCAAUACAAGGACUUCAGCACCAUCGCCAACAGCCUUAAAACUUGCCACAGUUGCUGCCAGUAUAGACAGAGUGCCAAAGGUAACUCCUAGCAGUGCCAUCAGCAGUAUAGCACGAGAGAACCAUGAACCAGAACGACUGGGUUUAAAUGGCAUUGCAGAGACAACAGUAGCCAUGGAAGUGACAUAACCUCAAACCAGUGUCACAGCCCGGGCUCAUGGUGUAGUCAUUUAUAUUCCAACUGA